AUGGCGGAAGCAGAGCUCAAGGAGUUUUUCACCUCUGGCGACAAGGGCCUUGAGCCCGAUGUGCUCUCCGAACUGCAGUCCAUCAUGCGCCUGCAUGAGCUGUCGGCCGAGGACCUCUUCUAUAAAUGGGAGUCCUUCUGCAUCAAAAUGGAUAUGGAUGCCAUGAACCCUGACAUUGUCCAUGUGCGCAACUUCAAAAAGGAUAUCCAGGACGCACUGGAGAAGAGCAAUCGACAGCAGACACAUAUCAAAACCGAGAAGCGAGGUCAUGGCACUCCCCGCGCUGGCAGAGGCGGCGAUGUUUUUGGCAUGUUGGAUGGAUUAGUGCCGAGCACGCCCGGAUCCGGGAAGCUGAACAAGCCGAGCAGUCUGCGGAAGAAGGCCAUUGAGACGCCGACUACAUCACGGGUUAAGGCAGAGAUUGCUUCCAGCUCGCCAGACUACAAGGGGGCCUCAAAAAUGGAUGAGCAGUUGAACUCCAUGCAGCCCCCGAGCUCCUUCAACGACCGACAGAACCCCGGCGAGACCGUCGAAGUGCUGAACGACCACCUUGACGCACCUGAACCACCGAUCUGCCCGUACUCGGAGCCUCGAAUCAAGCUCACGGCCGCCUCCGAUCAGAAGAAGCUUGGCUACAAACCGCUAGCGAUGAAGCUUUCAGAAGCGUCUGAGAUCCUUGACGAUAGAAUAGACGAGUUUAUGCACAUCGUUCAAGAGUAUCACAAGCUAGACUUCUCAGAGUUUGGCAAUGCAGCAAGUCAGAGCACGACAGAGGUGAUUGCCGUUGGGCGUAUUGCUUCAGACGCCCCUGAGGGCAAGCUCAAUGCAGCGUCGCUGGUGUUAGAGAUGUCGAGGCGGAUGGGUGGUGGCUUGAGGGUUCCCCUGAACAUGCGCAACAAGAGCUACAACUUCUUCCCGGGCCAGGUCGUGGCCCUCAAGGGCAUCAAUACGUCAGGAAACGAGUUCGUUGUCGAGGAAGUGCUUGAAGUACCUUUACUCCCAAACGCCGCUUCAACACCAAGCGCCUUGGCUGCGCAUCGCGAGAAGCUACGAGGAGACCCAGAUGCCAUGGAUACGGACUCGGAUCCCGCCCCGCUGAACAUAUUCUACGCUUCGGGUCCGUACACAGCAGACGACAACCUAGACUUUGAGCCGCUCCAUGCUUUGUGUGACCAAGCGGCGGACACCUACGCGGAUGCUCUUGUCAUGACAGGGCCGUUUAUCGACAGCGAGCAUCCUCUGAUCGCCACGGGCGACUUCGAUCUCCCUGAGGAAGCGGCCGUCGAUCCGGACACCGCAACGAUGUCGACUGUCUUCAAGUACAUGUUCUCUUCUGCCCUGAAUCGCCUCGUCUCCGCCAACCCUAGUAUUACUAUCCUUCUGGUGCCCUCAGUACGCGACGUCAUCGACAAGCAUGUGUCAUGGCCGCAAGACUCGGUCCUGAAGAAGGAGCUUGGCCUUCCGAAGACGGCAAGAUUCGUCACUAACCCCAUGACUUUGUCGAUGAACGAAAUGGUUAUGGGUAUAUCAUCACAGGAUAUCCUCUGGCAGCUUCGCCAUGAGGAAGUAAUACUUGCUCGAGCAAAGGCACUUCUUCCCGUUGUUCCCCCGACGGAUCGGCCAAAGCUGCCCAAGACAGGGACAGAGGAGGGCAACCCACCUGGUGCUAUGCUGGACCUAAGCUACUUGAAGCUUGGCGAGAUGGUUAACGUUCGGCCCGACGUGCUGGUUGUACCCAGCUUCCUGCCUCCGUUUGCUAAGGUCGUUGAGAGUGUUUUGAUGAUCAAUCCCGGCUACCUCUCCAAGAGGCGCGGUGCCGGUACCUACGCAAGACUAACACUGUUCCCGCCCAAGGCCGACGCAGGCCAAUCGGAAGCAAUGGUCAGCCAUGGCGUGUUCGAGCGUGCACGGGUGGAGAUUAAGAAAAUUUGA